AUGUCUUCGGCGCUCAACAAGACGCGCAGAAAGAAGAAUGUCAAGAAGGGAAUCCAGUUCUGCCUGAUGGUAUGCGGUGCCUCAGGGACAGGCCGGACAACUUUUGUGAACACGCUCUGCGGCAAGCAGGUUCUCGGCCACAAGGAGGUCGACGAUCCUACCGUUGCUCACGUCGAAGAAGGCGUCAAGAUCAAGCCCAUCACCGUCGAGCUCGAUGAGGAGGGCACUCGCAUCUCGCUCACCAUUGUCGACACACCCGGAUUCGGAGACCAGAUCGACAACGAGGCUAGCUUCUCAGAGAUCGUCGGAUACCUCGAGCGACAGUACGAUGGCAUUCUCGCCGAGGAGUCGCGUAUUAAGCGUAACCCCCGAUUCCGCGACGAUCGUGUACACGUCCUCUUGUACUUCAUCACACCGACUGGUCACGGUCUCCGAGAACUUGACAUUGAGCUCAUGAAGCGCCUGUCUCCCCGCUGCAACGUCAUCCCUGUCAUUGGCAAAGCUGACUCGCUUACACCGGCUGAGCUGGCCGAGUCCAAGAAGCUCGUCAUGGAGGACAUCGAGCACUACCGCAUUCCCGUGUACAACUUCCCGUACGACAUCGAGGAGGAUGAUGAAGACACUGUUGAGGAAAACGCCGAGCUCCGUGGUCUCAUGCCUUUUGCCAUUGUUGGUUCCGAAGACAUCGUUGAGAUCAAUGGCCGACGGGUACGGGCACGACAGUACCCCUGGGGCAUUGUCGAGGUCGACAACCCGCGUCAUUCAGAUUUCUUGGCAGUGCGAAGUGCGCUCCUUCACAGCCAUCUUGCCGAUCUCAAGGAAAUCACCCACGACUUCCUGUACGAAAACUACCGUACCGAGAAGCUCAGCAAGAGCGUCGAGGGUGGUGCUGCUGCUGACUCGUCGAUGAACCCUGAGGAUCUUGCCAGCCAGUCUGUGCGCUUGAAGGAGGAGCAGCUACGACGCGAGGAGGAGAAGUUGCGCGAAAUCGAGGUUAAGGUGCAGCGAGAGAUCAACGAAAAGCGACAGGAGCUCUUGGCCCGCGAGAGCCAGCUCAAAGAGAUCGAAGCCCGCAUGCACAGGGAACAGAGUGGCCAACUGCAAGACCACGACGCCGAGGAGGCUUAA